AUGAGCUCAAACUCGGCCUGGGCAGGCUACAAGGCUCACCAGAACCCGAAUUUCUUCCCCAAACUGGCCAGCGGACAGUGGCCUCAGAUCCUCUGGCUUGGGUGCUCUGACUCGAGAUGCCCCGAGACGACCAUCCUUGGCCUGCAGCCGGGUGAUGUUUUUGUGCACCGCAACAUUGCCAACAUCAUCUCGGCAACCGAUAUCAACACUUCGGCUGUUAUCGAGUACGCCGUUAUGCACCUCAAAGUCAAGCACGUCGUGCUUUGCGGCCACACCGCUUGUGGUGGUGCCAAUGCUGCCUUGGGAGACUCUAGGGUCGGUGGCGUGCUCGACACGUGGCUGACGCCUCUCAAGGCCGUCCGCCAGGCAAACGCCGCUGAGCUGGAUGCUAUUUCCGACGUCAAGGACCGCGUGGUCCGUAUCGCUGAGAUGAACGUCGAGGCCGGUGUCAAGGUACUCAUGGCAAAUGCCAACAUCCAAGACGCCAUCAAGGAGAGGGGUCUGCAGGUUCACGGCUGCAUUUUUGAUCUCACUUCCGGCAGGAUGAAAGAUCUUGGCUAUGGUAAUGCCGCCAAGAGCGGUUCCCAGAACGGCGAUGGCGAGGUCGUCAGGGGCAAGCACGCAACGCUCGUCUUCCGUGGUGGUAACGCCUCUAUGACGGCUCGCUAA